CUGUUCUAUGCAUGAUAACACGUGUGCAGGAAAUUAUUAUCUCUCGAUACAUGUCACUUCGGAGUAAUUAGUUAUUUCCACAAUUGUGAUAUGUUAAUUGUAUAAUUAUUGAUUAGUGAAGAUGAGUGAGACAUUGGAUUUACAGAGUAUAGAGAAUGACGGUAAAAUUUUUCCGCCAAUUCCUGGCACCGGAGUCAAAGCAAAAUGACGCGACAAAACUCCUGACAGUGGCUCAACAAUUGAAGAAAUUGACUGAAGCCCUAGAGGUCCUGGACACGGAGAUUCAUAAACAGGUAUUAACGAAUCACGAGGACUUGCUUUCGCAGGUGACGUGGGUGGAGAAAAUUGAGGGUGUACUCUCGAUAAUGCAUACCCACGUACAGAGUCUUCUGUCAGCAGUGGAACGUCUCCGUUCGAAAAUCGUGGAGCCUUUCAACCGAAUUGAAGCUCAAACAUUGAUUCUCACUCGUCUCCACGAAACAACGGAUCUCCUGAGAAGAGUUGGCAGAGUUCAGCACCUGCUGCACUCUCAGAAGCUGUAUUCCCAGAUAAGUAAUGCCACGCAGAGCUCAGACAUGAUCAAAGCAGCUAAGAGUCUUCAUGAACUCGAGCAACUUAUGUCAGACACUGAUCUCGGUGGAUUGGACAUCGUGGCGGAUGAUCAGCAGGCAGUUAAAACCCUGAAGGCAUCGGUCCAGAGGGUUGCCACACACUCACUGACGCAAGGACUCCAGCAAUCAGACAGCAGACAAGUUGGAACUGCCAUUCAAGUGUUUGAGAAUCUCGUUAUGCUGAGAAAAGCUGUCGAGAAGACCGAGGAAACUGCCCUGGGGGAUAUAGAGAGAGUCGCCAGAGAGGCGCUCGAUAUCUCUGUUCUGUCGAGUCAGGAUAUCAAACGUGGAGCACCUGGUAGAGCAGCUAUACCAUCUCCAGGAACAACGACAAACGUGAGGACACGUCUCUGGGAGAACCUGGACCGACUUUUCCAAGAGACCGUGUACACCCAGUGCGUGCAAAUAGAACUGCUUGAACGAAUACUCCUGGAGCAUCACACGUCGGAGUUCUCUGGUUUCUCCAGCAGUUUCUGGGACAAGGUAACGGCCCUCCUCUCGAAAAUUUUGAUUGAAAGAUCUCAAGGAUCGACUUUCAUCAAACAAGCCUUGGAGGGCGAGUACCCGAAGUUCCUGCGGGUCUUUCUGGACCUGAAGAAGCGCCUGAAGGAGCGACCACAGGCUAUGGGGACCUACACCAUCAGCAGAGAUAUCCUACAGCCCUUCGAGAACGCCUACCUCUCUAGAUCGAUCUCUCGCCUCUUGGACCCAGUGCACACGAUGUUCUCAGCUGACUCCUCUCCCUCCCAAGACGAAAUUGACAGUCUGAUCCGCACGGUAACCAGUGAACUCAGUGUGUCUCUCGUCGACGAGAGUCUCUCCACAGUUGUCGCCAAGAACGUGGGGAAAGCGGUGAGACUAUUUUGCCUCAAGUGUGAACAGGGCCUGAUAACAGGGGGUGAAGCAAGUCAGGUGAUUGACGCGAUGACCCCAGGUCAACAGACGAACGUCAAUCUCGCUAAUCUAUUGUACUACCUAGCGAGCCAGAUAAGCAGAGUUGUGGCAAAUUUGGCGGCUAGUCUCCCAGGUGAAGGGGCUAGUGUCAUAGCAGCUGCCCUCGAGGAGACAAACACCCUCACCAAGAACAUCCUCGCUCCUCUCAUGGGCUCCAUCACUGACGCCAUCGAGAGCAUCAUCCUCACAAUGCACGAUGAUCCAGACUUCAGAGAAACCUCCAGCCCUCUGGGUAGGGAAAUCAGUUGCUCCCUCUACAUGCGGGAACUCCAGGGAUUUAUCCUGAGAUCAGUGACGACUUUUCUCUCUUCUUAUAAAAAUCAGGUGACCGUCGCCGAGAGCUGCAAUACUGUCGCCUCCAGGUGCAUCGAACUCUUUGUCAGGCACGCCUGUCUCAUCAGACCAUUAACUGAUUAUGGCCGAGCAAAAUUGAUUGUCGAUUUUAGUCAGAUGGAAGCGGCACUGGGGCCUCUCUGUAGGGGGGGACAUCUCGGUUUCCUUGAGCAACAGCAGUACAGAACCCUCAGGGCACUCAAAGCAUUGUUGGCACUCGGUCCUGAGAAAAUGGUGGAGAGGGUCGUGGAGAUGAGGGGUGAGGGAGGUGUUCCUGCUUCCCUCGUGCUCCUCCAUUUAUUCUCUGGGGCUCCUCCUGAACUGCAGUCACCACAUCAGAGUGCUGGAUGGUCGAUCAAUCGAUUGUCCCAGUGGAUCGAUGGACAUCCCAGGGAGGAGGACAGGGUGGCAUUGAGCAGUGGACCUCUUCAGAAGUACGAGGCCACUAUCAGACAGCGGGGAAUGAAGAAUUUUCAUCCGUUGUUCCCGUUGAUGAUGAAGCUCACGAGUCUUGGGGGGAAGUGACGGUCUGACAUUUCGGGACGAUAUAUUCAUUAUCUCAUUAUUUAUAUCAUCGAAGUUUCGUGAGAUAAUUGACUAAUUAGUUAAUAAUAAUGAGGCGUAAGGAGUAUAAUAACUUAAACUGAGUGAUUAUGAAGAAAUUAAAUUGAAUAUAUUUUUUGAACUAUUGAGUUCAUUAGUUUUGAAAAUUGA